AUGCCGUCCUCCGCGAGCCCCUCGGCGCGCUCGACGGAACAUCUCAAUGCGCAAAUUCCCGGUGCAUUCCCAGACGGCCGCUCGCCCAGCAUAGCCUCCAUCACGACCCACCAAACGUCGCUUUCGCAGGCGCUCUAUGACCGAAGAUCCGAAUACACCCGACAGCGCAAUGUCCGCAUCAAGGUUGGCACGUGGAACACGGCGGCGCAAAAGGGCACAGAGCAGGAUGUCGGCGCGUGGUUCGUCAAGGGCAAGGGCGUAGAAGAGGCCAUGGCAGGCCUGGGAAUAGAUCCUCGAGAGAACCACAGUGAAAGUAACAAAGAGAGUGUGGCAUCGCAAGAAGCAAGACAUGCCAAAGCCACUCCCACCAUUCCACAUCACGACCCUGGGUCGGUGCCAGGAGGCGAAGAGGUGGACAUCUACGUGCUGGGCUUGCAGGAGAUCGUGGACAUAACCUCAGCGACUGAGGCUCUAAGACCAUACACUGAUCCCUCGGCUGCGAACCGGUGGAAGGCAUCACUCGAGAGUGCACUGCCAAAAGGUUACAGAAUGGUUGCAGAGCAGCAGUUGAUCGGGCUGUGGUUAGUCAUAUACGCUUCACCUGAAGUGUACCCGCAGAUCAAGAAUGUCAGCACGACCAGCGUGGGCACGGGUCUGAUGGGGUACAUGGGCAACAAGGGAGCAGUCACAUCCCGCAUUGUGCUGGGGGAGACCACACGACUCGCCUUCAUCAACUCACAUCUUGCGGCUGGAGCUGACAAAGCAUCACUCGAGCGUCGCAAUUGGGAUGUUUCCCAGAUCAACACCAGAACUCGUUUCGAACCAAUCAUAGACUCGCUAGGCUCAUCACAAAAUCAAGGAGAGGGACUGGGCGAUGAAGAGUUCGCCUUCUGGUUUGGCGAUCUGAAUUACCGACUUGAGGGCAUGCCGGGUGAUGACGUGCGACGGCUGUUCACCAUACACACCAAACACUAUGACCAUGACGACCAAGGUCGACCAUCCACAUCUAAUGACUCCGGCUAUGGCUCAAAGACCUCCAUGGAGCAAGACAGUAUGCCGCUACCGCCCGAGCUUGAUCCCGCCUCACUUCAGACGACAAUCGCGUCGCUUCUACCGCACGAUGAGCUGCACCAACAGAUGAAAAGUGGCAAAGCGUUCCACGACGGUUGGGAAGAGGGACCGGUACGCUUCCUGCCGUCCUACAAGUAUGAUGUCGGCACUGUUGGUGUAUUCGAUUCGAGUGAAAAGCGUCGUUGUCCUAGUUGGUGCGACCGGAUUCUCUAUCGGACGCGAGCGGCAAAGCAACGGUACGAUGCAAAGGCGAAGGAGCAAGAAGCAGCUCGUAAGAAGGACGAGGACAUGCGAGCAAAGGGCAUGGACUUGGCCGGCGACGAAGACAUUCUGUUCGAUUACAACCCAGAUACUGAUGGCGAGAACCUACCCGGCGCCUACGACGAGUACGACGAUGACGAAGACCCUGUGCCCGAAGUUGUCACUACCAAGGACGGUCUUACAGACGAGAUCCUGCUCGAGUACUACACGACCCAUAUGCGUGUGCUGAGCUCUGACCAUAAGCCUUUGGACGCAGUAUUUUCGCUCAAAUACGACGCAGUGGUUCCCGAUCUCAAGGCUGCAAUACACGCAGAAAUAGUGCGUGAGCUAGACCGACAGGAGAACGAAGGCCGACCGUCCAUCGCAGUAGUUGUGGAUCGCGCAACUGGCUCUUCGUCGUCUGACGAUUCCGACAAGACGAACAGCACUUUCGAAGGGGUAGAUUUUGACGACGUCAAGUUUGCCAAGUCGAAGCGGCGGGCUAUCACCAUCGCCAACACAGGACGAGUGCCUGCAACGUUUGGCUUCGCGGAUCGCCCAGUCGACCAGGAUCAGAACGCAGGACCAUUCCCAGCUUGGCUCUCGGUUACCUUCGAUCGGGAGCCUGACAAGCGCGAGCGACCAGCACCAGAUGACGUGCACGAGCGUUACACUCUGGCACCAGCUGAAGUCAUUAAUGCUGAACUCAAGCUAAAGAUUGAGAGUGUGAGCGCCGUGCGCAACCUCAACGAGGGUGAGCAAACUCUGGAAGACGUUCUGGUGCUCAGGGUCGAAAACGGACGCGACCACUUCCUGCCUCUACGCGCACACUGGCUUCCAUCUGCACUUGCCCGGACAGUUGACAAGCUCAUUAAAAUCCCUGAAGGCGGUAUCAGGAAGCUGCAGAAUCAGAUACCGGAUCGCGGCGAGGUAAAAUGGAGCGUGCCUCGGGAAAUUUUCCGGCUGACGGAGGCGAUAGAAAACUUGACCGAAAGAACGCUUGCGGAGUGGGAAAUGACCAAGAGUGAGGGCGAGAGAGCCCCUUUCAAAGACAACGCUGGGUGGCCGUUUAUCAAGAAUUACAAAACUUCGAAUAACGGGAGUUUAGACCAUGAAGAGGAGUUGGCGGCACUAUACGACGCGCUUGACUGCGACACUGCGUUCGCCGAGGCAUUUGAGCCGGAAACUAGAAGUACGGAAAAGGUCGAGAUGCUUUCAGAAGUGCUGAUCACAUUUCUGUCGAGCCUGACGGACGGUAUAAUCACGAAAAGUCUGUGGGAGAGGUUAGAGGAGGGUCUUGUCACGCGCGAAAAGUCCAGGCAGCAUCUCGAUCCGGACGACGAGAAGAUGUGGGCUCUGGAGAUUCUGGCUUCGGCGCCUAGUCACAACGCUUCUUUCUUGCUUCUACUCUCCUUCCUUCAGAACAUCGCGAAUCAGAUCAGCGAGGCAUCAAAACCUCAGCCAGAAACACCUCGAACAAGCGUAGACCUUCCAGCCAGCCCAAACGUCAAGGUGCGCAGGAGGACGCUGAGUAAGGUACACGAGGUUGCCGUGAAGCAACUGAUCAUCAGGAACUAUGCCGUCAUUUUCUCGAGCGCCAUGUUCAGGUGCAAAGAAGAGGCGAAAUUCAAGGAGAAAGACAAGGCUGCGAGGAAGGAGCGGAUGGUGAGGAUUGUGGAGCUGUUCUUAAGUAGUGGAGACGAGGGACGCUGAGCAGAUGGUAGGAAUAACAUGACGAGCGAUACCCAUAGAUUUCUUUCAAUCUCACAUGUUACAUCAA